GCUCAAACGGAUUUUGCGCGAAUAGCGGCAUUUUGACAGUAUCGAAACAACCGGAGACUUUCGGUAAAGAGAACUAAACUACUGAGGCGAUGUUCUCUUCCUUAUCCAUCCAACUCCAACCAGUUGCUCUUCCGGAAACCAGGAUCCGAGACAGAACUGUGGGGAUCAGACAUUGCAGUCAUGUCGGCACCUGCCAUGGGACCCAGCAAAACUAUCCAGGGUGAUGCUGCACCAAGGAAAAAGAGGGGACCGGGUGCGCUGGCCACGGCGUACCUCGUCAUCUACAACGUUGUAAUGACAGCAGGGUGGCUGGUGAUUGCCGUGGGCCUGGUCCGAGCCUACCUGGCCAGGGGCAGCUACCAUGGCCUCUACUAUUCCAUAGAGAAGCCACUGAAGUUCUUCCAGACCGGGGCAGUUCUGGAGAUAGUGCACUGUGCUGCAGGGAUCGUACCGUCGUCUCUGGUUCUGACUGGAUUUCAGGUCCUGUCCAGAGUCUUCCUCACCUGGGCUGUUACUCACAGCGUCCGUGAGGUGCAGAGCGAGGACAGCGUGUUGCUGUUCGUCACGGCCUGGACGGUAACGGAGAUCAUCCGCUACUCCUUCUACACCUUCAGCCUGCUCAACCACCUGCCCUACCUCAUUAAAUGGGCAAGGUACACCUUCUUCAUCGUUCUGUAUCCCAUGGGUGUGAGCGGGGAGCUGCUGACCAUCUACGCCGCACUGCCCUACGUGCAGAAGACGGGCCUGUACUCCAUCACGCUGCCCAACAAGUACAACUUCUCCUUCGACUACUACAGCUUCCUCAUCCUGGCCAUGGUCUCCUACAUUCCUCUCUUCCCCCAGCUGUACUUCCACAUGCUUCGCCAGAGGAAGAAAGUUCUCGGCCACGCGGAGGACUUCAGCAAAACGGACUAGGCCGGCGCGCGGACACUGGACUGUCAACGAACAACGGAAAGCGGGAACACGGCGUCAAAAAUAAACUUUGCAAAAAAACAGAAGAGACAAUGCAUAGACCAACGGAAACCGGUCCUGGAGUUUGUAUGUUAAUCCAACGUUCAAUUUGGGUCGAUAUAACGCUCUUUUCUGUUUCCUUUUUUAACAUUUUUCUUUUUAAAUGUUCUGCCUCACAUUCUUUACACACUUGUUCAAGUUCAGGUAGGAGGGACUUACGUCCCAUUUUAGUUUUAGUUUUUUCAUUUUCGGAAGUAUUGCUGUCACGUUGUUUAUUCGGAAAGAUGGCAGACGUAGAGAUGCUCAGAUCACCACUGAGUAAACAGCUUCCUGGUGAGCUGUGAGUAGCAUCACGCCGCAGUACGCUAUGCCAGAACGAACGCACUGAUAGGAGCAGUCUCUUCUCUUGUAGCACAGAUAUAUCGAUUCCUCCACCUAUACCUAUCAAAGCCUAUUUAGUUAUCUAGGAAGUAGCAGUUUAUUAUAUACUAGUUACCACAUCCAGGACAUGGGACUUUUUAUAGCAUUGUACGAUGCAUGUUCCAACAGGCUUGUUAAGAUGCUACCAAGUCUUUUAAUUUAUUCCUUGCAUAAGGUUUUUUGAUAACAUUCCUUGAUUAGUUUAAUAAAACCUCUUCUCGUUUU